AUGUCGGACGAAGACACAGCAACUUUCCCAGACGACACACUCGCGGCGGCCCUCGCCCGGCAUGGUAUCGAAUUGCCCGAGGAGCGGAUCGAGCUGUUGGGCCGAUACUGUCGCACGCUGUGGAAUUGGAACGAGAAGCUGAACCUCACCCGGCACACCGACUACGAACGGUUUGUCUCCCGCGACGUGGUCGAUAGCCUGGCCCUGGCCGAGCAACUUGCCCAGGGCGAACGCGUGCUCGAUGUGGGCACCGGCGGCGGCGUACCCGGCGUGGUGCUGGCCAUCAUCCGGCCCGACCUGAAGGUGACCCUCUGCGACUCGGUAGCCAAGAAGGCCAAAGCGGUCCGCGAGAUCGUCGAAAGCCUCGAUCUCCGUGUUCCGGUCAUUCACGCCCCGGCCCAAGAACAUCUGCCGCACGCCCGCUACGACACAUUGGUCCUUCGCGCCGUGGCCCGACUGCGGAAGAUCCUCACCUGGCUUGCACCCUGCUGGGACCGCUUCGACCGGCUACUGCUCGUCAAAGGCCCCGCCUGGUCCGACGAACGUGGCGAAGCCCGCCACCACGGCCUGAUGCACGACCUCCAACUCCGCAAACUAAAGUCCUACCCCAUGCCAGGGACGGAUUCAGAGAGCGUGGUGCUCGAGAUUCGGCGGGAAAGCGGAGAAAGCUGA